AUGGCCGGCAUCUUCAAGCGCAUCUAUGAUUGGCUGCUCAGCCUGUUCUGGGCGACCGAGAUGGACAUUACCAUGAUUGGUCUACAAAAUGCCGGGAAAACGUCGUUGUUGCGAGUCCUGGCAGGCGGAGAAUUUACGAUAGAUUCGAUACCCACGGUAGGCUUCAACAUGAAGCGUGUGCAGAAAGGCCAUGUCACACUGAAAUGUUGGGAUCUGGGCGGUCAGCCACGCUUUCGAUCGAUGUGGGAGAGGUAUUGCCGAGGGGUGAAUGCCAUCGUCUUCAUCGUUGAUUCCGCCGACAAGGAAGCGUUGCCAGUUGCCAAAGAAGAGCUCCACAUUCUCCUGAACAAACCCGCCAUGGAGGGGAUCCCGCUUCUGGUACUAGGAAACAAGUCCGAUCUUUCUGGUCAUGCAGGAGUCGAUGAACUCAUCGAGGCGCUCAAUCUCAAGUCUGUCACGCAUCGCGAGGUAAGCUGUUACGGCAUCAGCGCAAAGGAGGAAACCAACCUAGAUGCCGUACUGCAAUGGCUCAUCGCGAGAGCCAAGAACUGA